UGUAACUUACUGUACAUUGGGCUCCUAUCAAACUAUUGGUAAUGCCUCUAUGACUGAGCACUUGUGUCUUCCAUUGUGGCACAAGAGCUGUCUCAUCUCAAAGCAUAGAUUAAUAAUUUAUAAUGGUCUUUCCAUUAGAGUGCAGGAUAUUAGCCUUUAGCAGUGUGUGCUGCACUCUCAUGGAGCUUCCAAGUAUAAAAUGCAAAAAUUGUUUUUCAAAUUAAGUGUUUUUUUUAAUCUCUUUUUUUAGUUUUUGAUUAAUAAUAGACAAAACAAUGUCUAUUAACAGUAUUGUUUAAAUGAUACAAUAACAAUAUAGUAAAAACAAUAAUGCAAUCAUAUUAAUGUAAAAAAAAAAAUUCUUAAGAAAUUCUGAAAAAAAAAAUGCAUCAUACUAUUUACAAAAAUCGUAAUGAACAAGAAAUCAGAAAUGUUAUUUUAGCACAUAUGAUAGAACAUCGUGUCCUAUAGACUUCUGUUGUAUUACUGGAAACAUAAAUAUUGUUUGACUUUAGGGGCACGUUAAAAUGAAUAGCUGUGGUCAUGGACAGCAUUUCAUUAACUUGUUUUGCACUUUUAACAUUCCUUUAUAACAAAGCUAAUACUCAACUAAAUUUAACAGGACUCUCUUUCUUUCUUUUCUUCCCCAUUUUUUUCAGUUUAGUACAUGAGUACCACAUUAGCAUUGGCAGCAACGCUGAGAAGAACUGCUCUCUUUGGACCCUGACAGUGUGGAGUGUGGACAGUGAGACUGUCAGACAGCAGUAAAAGGAAGAUAGUCAUCAUGGCAACCACAGUGACCCCUGAGCCCCUUACGGCCCUCUCUCGAUGGUACUUGUACGCCAUCCACGGUUACUUCUGUGAAGUCAUGUUCACAGCAGCCUGGGAGUUUGUGGUGAACUGCAACUGGAAGUUUCCUGGCGUGACCAGCGUGUGGGCGCUCUUCAUCUACGGAACCUGCAUCCUGAUCGUAGAGCGCAUGUACAUUUGUCUGCGGGACCGCUGCAAUGUGCUGCUCCGCUGCAUCAUUUACACACUGUGGACAUACCUGUGGGAGUUUGGCACGGGUUUGCUGCUACAGCAGUUCAACGCCUGUCCAUGGGAUUACUCAGAGUUUAAAUAUAACUUCAUGGGCCUGAUUACAGCAGAGUACGCUGUGCCAUGGUUCUGCGCUUCCUUUAUUGUAGAGCGCCUGGUGAUACGCAACACGCUUAGGUUGCGCUUCGACGAGGCUGCUGAUCCCAGCCAAGCUGAAGAUCGGUCGGAAACAGGCGGAGGGCAACGAGGACGAGAUGCCAGAGCAGGGGCCACCAGCACAAACGGUUAUGUGAAGGUGGACUGAAGAUGUUGUCAACACGUUUUCAAAGCUCCCAUCACCCAUGACUCUAUCCGCACAUCUCUCAGUCUCUCUCCCAGCUGCUUCCAGGGAAAGAGUCGCUUGGACUGUUGCACAAGUGUGAAGAACUUUAUGAUUUAUCAUCCAGUCGGUGUUAUUUACUCAUGUGGAGGGACGUUCAUUUCUCACCUCAGUGCUCAACGUUUACUGCCCUCAUUUUGGGUGAGUAGCUGUUAGGUUCAAAGUUUGUUAGUAGGAGUGAUGCCUGAUGGUAUAAUGAGAAUUAACUCUCCAUCUCUACCACAAUACUGUUCCUCCCAAACCAGUCCAUCCACUCCGACACUCUGGGAGGGGACAAACAAAAUAACUAGUGAUCCCUCAUCCAAUAUAUACAGGAACACAAACACAUCACUUGUAGAGAGAUGAAAAGAUAUAUAUCACAUGCUUUUAAAAAAGCAAGUCCUUUUAGAUUAUAAACAGUGUCCAUAUAUAUAUAUAUAUAUAUAUAUAUAGUAGCAAAGCAAAUAACUGUUAGGAUGUCUUACCUUUCGAAUGUUAGUUUUUGUUAUUUAUUAAUAUCUAAAAUGUAGUUAUGGAUUGUCAUGAUAAUCUACAAAAAAUGUAUUGUAUAUAUAUAUACUGUAUAACCUAAGGUAAUGCCUUUUACUUGAAUUUGGUGUUUUUUUUUAAUUCAUCAAAAAAUAACAGUGCUUGAACAUGCAUGAAAGUUGUCUUCCAGAAGAUCUUGUCAUAUUCAGACUGAUCUUAGAUGCUGUGUACAAUUUAUUUCCUCAUUUUUAUUUCUUUGUUCAUUUUUCUCAUGGAGAUGAAGACCCAAAGGAGGACUGUAUUGUCUUUAAAUAUAUAGAGUCCUGGUGCUCAGUACUGAAACCGUAAAAACAUCACCGUUUCCUGUGUUUUCACUGGAGAGAAUGAGUUAUUGCUGUAUAUGUGUUGAUGAACUGGUGCUAGAUUCUCAUUGAAUUGCUUCAAGGGAUCUGACGAUAGUCACAAUAAAGGCAUCUUGUAUGUAGGUUCACUGACCUCAGGUACGUCACUGUUAAUGAUUUAAUCUCCGUCUCUAGUGAAGCAACGGAUGAAGAUUAACAGAAAUAUUGGGGCAAAUUAUUUAAAAUGCCAACAUUACCUUGGUAUUACCCGCAUGGCUACAAUUUCAGGUUAUUGAUUUGCCAGAAUUGUUUGUUGUAUUGGUUAUGUUGUUCCUGACCAAAA